AUGUCAGGCUUGUCUUCCCAACUUUCGGCAUUCAAGAAUCGCAUUCGGAACGGCCCCUCGGUAGCCGUGCGCAGAGCUGUUACGCCUCGGCCUGUCGCUGCUCAAGAAGAGGACGAAUCACAUUUCCGCAAGGAAGAACCCUUGGACGGUCUGGGUGUCGCUAAUGGUGGAAGUGGUGUCCCCGGAACACCAUCCUCGGGUGUGAAACGUCAAAAGUUCGAUAAUGGGCUGUUUUCAGGCGCUCAUCUCUCCACAAGGCUACAUAUGGCAGUUGAGUAUGUCAAGCAACAGGAUAAGCCUGUGACGGUAGCCAAUGUGGAAGGAUAUCUCUCAUUUGAUAUCUCGAAUACCCUUCUCUCGCUUCUCAAAGAGAUCGAUAGAAUUAAGUACGAUGAGGCUACGAACACGUUGGAAUACAUGUCGCUUCACAAUAUCCGGUCGGCAGAGGAUUUGCUCAAUUUCUUGCGGCUGCAGCCCACAUUCAAAGGCACAUCUGUCAAGGAGCUUCGCGACGGCUGGUCCGGAUGUUUUGAAGCGAUUGAGGCUUUGGAGGAGGAGAGUAAGAUCAUCGUGUUGAGGGCAAAGAAAGACAAUCUGCCAAGGUCAGUUUGGGCUAAUUUCGGCGGUGAAUUGGGCCACGUGGAUGACGAGUUUGUGGAGCUGUGGAAGCAUAUUCGUAUUCCGGACAAGGAUAGUUUGUACCAGGCUUUGGUGAGCAAUUCGUUGAAACCUACUGGUGCCGACCCUCAUGACUUAAAGAAAAAGCCACAGCAACAGGAGCGGAAGCAAAAGAAAGCACGUAGAGGAAAGAUUACUAACACGCAUAUGAAGGGUAUUUUGAAAGACUACUCGCAAUUGGUGUGA